UCUCCAGGUCAGAUUCAGCAAGUGCUUCAGGCUAUCGACCAAAGCACAGUCAAUAAUCAGUUCUUCCCCAUUGAGGAGAAUCUGAAAAACCAAUUCAGGAAGUACAUGGACAUCCUGAACACAAAACCGGAAUUCCGGGAGAAUGAGAAAGAAGAAUUCCUCACACACUUCAAUGAGACUAAAGGUGACCAGAACCUUCACACUCUCUAUGAUGCAGUGAUGGGGUAUUCUGCCAUCUUUGGCAAACCCAUUCGGGAAACUGCCAUGCGAUAUGACCAGAGGAACCGGCGUCUGAUGGAAAAACUCUGCUGCAGUCUCAAGGAGCUCUUCUGCAUUGGCCUGAUUGCCCUGGUGGGACACUCCGCUAUCACUGGGACCGAUGUAGAGGUUAAAGAGAGAGAGUGGAAUGAGAAAAUGGGCAAA